AUGGCGGAGGAAUACUUAAAAACUGCAUCUUGGUGGUUCUUCGACUUGGACGACACUCUCCAUGAAUUCCGCAAAGCAUCUUCCUCUGCUGUCGACGCAACACUACAUCUGAUCAUCCAACAACAAACCCAGCAGCCCAUACCACAAAAAGACACCAUCACGUUCGCCGACCUAAAAGCAGCAUACUCCAAAGUCCUCAAAGAAACCACAUCCUCCGCCUUCACAGAUGGCAAAACAAGCCACGAGUACCGCGCCGACCGCUUCAAAGCCACACUAAAAACCCUUGGUCUCUCGCCCACACCAAACCAAAUCACAGAGAUACUGGAAGUGUAUGAAAAGAUAUUGACACAACAUCUAACCCUAAAACCCGGCGCAAUACCCCUCCUCAAGUUCCUUAAGCAACAAGGCAAAAACGUAGCCAUCGUUACCGAAGGCCCGCAAGACGCCCAGCAACGCACAGUCGCUGCGUUAGGCUUAGAACCGUAUUUUGAUCGCUUGAUCACUACGAAUGCGGUUGGGGUGGCGAAGGUGGAUGGGUUGUUUGAGAGGGCGCUGGAACUGCUGGAGGUUGAGGGGAGGGACGUGGUGAUGGUGGGAGAUAGCUGGGAUAGAGAUGUGGUGCCUGCGGGAAAGGCGGGGAUCAGGUGUGUUUGGUAUGCGGAGGGAAGUGGGGAGGAAGAGAGGGUUGUUGGGUUUGGGGGGAAGGGGGAGGAGAGGGUUGUUGUUGCGGAUUCGUUGGGGAAGUUAAGGGGGAUGGUUGGGGGGGUUGUGAUGGAGUGA